AUGGUUAUCACUAUCACAGGUGCGGAGACGAGGGAUGUUCGGUUCCCGACAUCUCUGGAUAAGACUGGUUCCGAUGCUAUGAAUGCGGCGGGAGACUAUUCUUCUGCUUACUGCAUUCUGCAUACAGACUCUGAGUUCAAGGGCCAUGGCAUGACCUUCACAAUCGGCCGCGGCAACGAAAUCGUCUGCACAGCCAUCGCCUACCUCGCCGACCGCAUCAAAGGCCACACGCUCGACUCGCUCGUCGCAAACUGGGGCAAGACAUGGCGCCACCUAGUAAACGACUCGCAACUCCGCUGGAUCGGGCCCGAAAAGGGUGUCAUCCACCUCGCUCUCGGCGCCGUGGUAAACGCCAUCUGGGACCUCUGGGCAAAGUCGCUCGGCCAGCCCGUCUGGCGCAUCGUCGCCGACAUGACGCCCCAACAAAUCGUCGACUUGAUCGACUUCCGCUACAUCACCGAUGCACUGACGCCCGAGGAGGCGCUUGAGAUUCUGACCAAGGCUGAGGCGGGCAAGAAGGAGCGGUUACAGGAGGCGUUGGAUUCAAAGGCUGUGCCGGCGUAUACUACGUCGGCAGGAUGGCUGGGUUACGGAGAAGAUAAGAUGAGAGGGUUGUUGAAGGAGACGCUAGCAAAGGGGUACAAGCAUUUCAAACUCAAGGUUGGAGGAGAUCUGGCACAAGAUAAACAACGACUAAGUAUUGCACGGGAGAUUAUUGGCUUCGACAAGGGGAAUGUGCUCAUGGUUGAUGCGAACCAAGUGUGGAGUGUGCCCGAAGCAAUUGAGCAUAUGAAACAAUUGGCAGAGUUUAAACCGUGGUUUAUUGAGGAACCGACGAGUCCUGAUGAUGUCCUCGGACACAAAGCCAUCCGCCAAGCCCUCAAACCCUACAACAUCGGCGUCGCAACCGGCGAAAUGUGCCAAAACCGCGUAAUGUUUAAGCAAUUCCUCGCGUCGGGCGCUAUCGACAUUUGCCAAAUCGACGCCUGCCGUCUCGGCGGCGUAAACGAAGUCAUCGCCGUACUUCUCAUGGCCGCAAAAUUCAACAUCCCCAUUGUGCCACACAGCGGCGGCGUUGGCCUGCCAGAGUACACGCAGCAUCUCAGUACGAUUGACUAUGUUGUUGUCAGUGGCAAGAAGAGUGUGCUGGAGUAUGUGGAUCAUUUGCAUGAGCACUUUUUCCACCCUAGUCGGAUUGAGGGUGGAUAUUAUGUUACACCCAUGGAUCCUGGGUAUUCGGUUGAGAUGAAGCCCGAGAGUAUGGAUAAGUUUAGUUUCCCGGGUGGUGAGGGUGGAUGGUGGAAGAGUGAUGAGGCAAAGCCGAUUUUGGAGGGGAUUAAGAUUUAAAGACGUGUGUGUGUGUGAGGGAGUAAAAUUGCAUGGGUGGUAUGGAUAGUAAUGAAAUGUAUAUUUUUGCCUCA